UGUGAGGCUGUGACCAGACAGUGUCAAUCAUGCAUUUAGGGAAAGUAGCAACCAUAAAUGUACAAAAACGAAGUCGCUUGUCAGAUUUUCCUAACAAGCGACCAAAACUUUUAAAACUAGCCCAAAAAACCGCAACCCGCGACCCGUGAUUACUUCAAGCGACUUCUAAAGAAAACAAGCCCAAAGUUGCGUAUUAUAAGCGGACUUGGCAACACUGCUUCCUACACGGGACAGUUACGCUAUGCCAUAAUAUUAAUCAGCUAUACUACCACCGACUGUACACAGGUAUUAAAAUAAAUUGACGUAAGCAGCUUUGCUCUAUGCUUUUUUGCGACGAAACGUGCUUGUUGUUUAUCUUGAUUCACGGCUAAAAUCCUCACGUCCACAAAGAGGGAGUGACUGAGGGAGUGGACGUGACGUUCUUCAAUAACAGCAAAACAACUUUGUAUGUUGCUUGCUUGCACCAUUUCUUAGAACUCGUCUUCUUUAUAGCAGAACAUUAGGUUUGUGUAAUUUUUAGUUUUUUGGGGUCAGACACUGUGCAGCCCUUAUCUAGCACAAUUUUCGACUCGAUAACAUUUAUAUUUUGACACCAUGAGAGGGAGUUCCUCGUAUGGAGACCGAGAUAGAGACCGUGGAAGAGAAAGAGGGCCACGUUUUGGGGCUAACAGCAGGGGGGGCCCUCCCCCUAUGAAAAAGUUUGGGAACCCUGGAGAGCGCCUUCGCAAGAAGAAGUGGGACCUGGACGAGCUUCCCAAGUUUCAGAAGAACUUCUACAAUGAACACCCAGAGCUCCAGCGCCUGAGUCAGUAUGACAUAGACGAGUUCUGCAGGAAGAAGGAGAUCACCAUUCGGGGCACUGGCUGCCCCAGGGCCAUCACUGCCUUCCAUCAGGCCCAGUUCCCACAGUACGUGAUGGACGUGUUACUGAGUCAGAACUUCAAGGAGCCCACAGCCAUCCAGGCACAGGGCUUCCCUCUGGCCCUAAGUGGCAGGGAUAUGGUGGGCAUCGCUCAGACAGGCUCGGGCAAGACUCUGGCAUAUCUACUUCCUGCCAUUGUGCACAUCAACCACCAGCCCUACCUGGAGAGGGGAGACGGCCCUAUUUGCCUGGUACUGGCGCCGACCCGGGAGCUCGCCCAGCAGGUGCAGCAGGUUGCUCAUGACUACGGCAAGACGUCCCGCAUCAAGAGCACCUGUGUCUACGGCGGGGCCCCCAAGGGCCCGCAGAUACGAGACCUGGAGAGAGGUACGGAGAUCUGCAUCGCCACCCCGGGCCGUCUCAUAGACUUCCUGGAGUCGGGAAAGACCAACCUGCGACGCUGCACCUACCUGGUUCUGGAUGAGGCCGACCGCAUGCUGGACAUGGGCUUUGAACCGCAGAUACGCAAGAUAGUGGACCAGAUCAGACCGGACCGCCAGACCCUGAUGUGGAGCGCCACCUGGCCCAAGGAGGUGCGUCAGCUGGCGGAGGACUUCCUGCGGGACUACAUCCAGAUCAACGUGGGCGCCCUGGAGCUCAGCGCCAACCACAACAUCCUGCAGAUCGUGGACGUCUGCAUGGACAGCGAGAAAGACCGCAAGCUCUUCCAGUUGAUGGAGGAGAUAAUGGCAGAGAAGGAGAAUAAGACCAUCAUCUUUGUGGAGACCAAGAAGCGCUGUGACGAGCUCACCCGCAGGAUGAGAAGAGACGGGUGGCCAGCCAUGUGUAUCCAUGGAGACAAGAGCCAGCCAGAGAGAGACUGGGUGCUGACCGAGUUCCGUAGCGGGAAGGCUCCUAUCCUAAUCGCCACCGACGUAGCAUCUCGCGGUUUGGACGUGGAGGACAUCAAGUUUGUCAUCAACUACGACUAUCCCAACUCCUCUGAGGACUAUGUGCACAGGAUCGGCCGGACGGCCCGCAGCACCAACAAGGGCACGGCCUACACCUUCUUCACCCCGGGGAACCUGCGCCAGGCCAGGGACCUGGUCAAAGUCCUGGAGGAGGCCCGGCAGGCCAUCAACCCCAAACUGCUUCAGCUGGUCGACUCUGGACGCGGGGGCGGAGGUGGCAGGAUGCGUUACCGUGGCAGCUCCAGCGCCGAUAACCCCAACAUGAUGUACCAGGAUGAAUGUGAGCGGCGCAUGCGCACCGUUCGCGGCGGAAACAAGACCGACAGCCGCGACAGCAGCUUCAGUCGCAGCAGCGGGGGAGGGCGGGACGGAGACACCAGGUCCACUUCCUCCUCUUACCGGGACCGGAGCAGGGAGAGCCGAGGGAGCUUUGGCUCCAGUGGGGGGGACCAGUAUCAGGGCUUCGGCGGAGGUACCCAGUACAGGGCUGGGGGGGCAGCUAGCGUGGCCACUGGUAGCACCGUCGGGGGCCAGGAUCAGUCCAGUCAGCCACAGAAUGCGUUUGGCCCCGCCCCCCCUCCUCCGGCGGGGCCACAGCCACUCAUGGCCCAGCUGAUGGCCCAGCCUCAGCCCCCUCUCAUGGGCUUCAUAGGCCAGCCCCCAUACCCCUUCCCUCCCUUGCCCCCGCCUCCACCACCCAGGAAGUGAAAUGACAGUAAAGCUGAGGAACCUUAAACCAUCAGGGAUGUGAAGCUUGUUGAACAGUAGGUGUAUGUUUGUGUGAGCAUGAGCACAAUGAAGUUGUAUCCGUAUUGACCUGGGCGCCAGCGGAGUCUGAUGUGAUUCACCAGUCUUGUUUGUGAGCUCGAUUUGUGUCCAUUGUUUUGGCAGUGAGUCCGUAUUGAAAGUCUGGCAGUAAUCCAGGUGUGGUAAAGUCCAGAGGGUCUCGGCCAGGCCAACGUGAGGUAAAUACAGAGCGGCGAGAUGUUUUGGUGGCGUUUCCAAUGGGGGAACAUACGUGUCAUCUUGUUGAGCUGUGAUUGAGUUGUCAUUUGUGCAUGUCUUCGGUUUCUUGACUCUAUCAGGGAAGUGACAGGUGCCUCAUAGCUGUGUGAUUAGUAACCAGUUCAGAAAAUGUGUGUUUCUUUGAUACUGCAGUCAGCUUUUCUACUACACAUUCACUGUAUGGCUAUACUAUAUUCUUAUUACAAUAUUUUAGGAAAAUGUCAUUUAUAAUCUUAGAUGUCUCAUAACCCCUUGUAAUUUCAGAUCCUGAAUGUAGUGAGAAGGUAGAUUUAUAUCAUUAAAUUGGUUAAGGUAAACUUUGGUAAGACGUCUACCAUGUUAUUUUCUACAUGGCUGUAUUUCACAGAAUUUCAAUAAACAUGAAACCAAA